AGUCUGUUGCGAAUCACGUGGUGGCUAUGUUGGUUUCACGGUAGAGGUUGUGGUGAUGUGGUGGGCACGAAGGUGGUUUUGAUGGGGCUUGGCUGUGGUUUUAGCUGGUGGCUAGGUGAAGCUUUUGAAUUAGUGGGUUUUACUCAACAUCAAAAAUAAGUGUCACAAGGGGGGUGUAGAGCUUAAUUUAGUGCGCAGUCAAUAUGGCUAUGUAUGUCCGUGUUAAGCGUAGUAAGACAACUUACUUUAUACGGUGUGAUCCAACUGAAACAAUUCUGGACAUAAAGGAGAAAUUGCAUGUCCUCACUGAACAUCCAGUUAAUAAUCAGCGUUUGAUCCUAGUUGGUACUGGGGAAAUAUUAGAGGAUUCAAAGACAUUGGCAGAUCAGAAGGUUGAAAACGAUGCAGUUGUGGCACUGACCUUGAGAAAAGAUGAUAACGAGUUUGAGGAGGUGAACAUUGUACGGCCAAAUGACUUCUACCAAUCUCGUGAUGGAGAUGGUGGCAAUUGGUAGCAAGACUCAGGGAUAUAAUCCCUGUCGAGGAAAACUACCUUCUAAUCGAUUAAUGGCAUCUUGAAUGGUCAUUUGCUUCGUGUCCAAUAAAUAUUCAUAUACUUGUCAAUUCUCUAAUGUUCUGUUCAAGAAAUGCACACCAAAUUUAGGAAAAGCAUUUUGGUUGCUGAGUGGAACUUAAACCUUGAUAUUACUUAAGGGGUUGGUUAUUUA